GAGGCGCUAAAGAAAACCGAGGAGAAUGCGCAUUUAAUGGCAGAAAAAGCUCGAGUUUCUGAGGAAGAAGCACUGGUGCUAUCCAAACGAGCCAGUGAAGCGGAAGCGGAAUGUCAGAGAAUGAAGCUUUCACAGAUCAAGCGUAAAGCACGUGAUGCGGAAUUUUGGGCGCAUCGCAUAAUGCAGGAAACCGAACGGCACAAUUAUGAUUCGUACAUAUGCCGUGCGCAUCUGUACGAUUUGGAGCGGGGUUGGACGCAGUAUCCGGAUGACGAAGCCAGCUAUGCAGCAGCCAUUGCACCACUGGUCAAGGCCCAAUCACCGUCGUUAUCGCUAUCGCCUUUUUUGCGGAAACCAACCGGCAUAAACUAUCCGCCUCCUGAUCCAUCCAGUAAUCAGAUGAUCCCUACCGAUCUUGUGGCACUGCGAUCGGAAAUCGAGAAAUCCAGGGCCGAUUAUAACGAGAAGAAAAAGAGCCUGCAGGAGAAGAUGAACGAAUUUCGAAAUGAAAUUGAAAGUCUGAAAGUUGAAGAGCGGCAGUCGGAGCACGAUCGAAUUCAUGCUGCCAAUGUGCAAUUGGGUAUUGAUAAAUACUCAACACUUCGAAAGGUAAUUUUUUAUACAUCUAAAAUUUGUUAA